CCAAGUCAUCCUGUCGAGCCUUUCCUCCGGUGAUAGUUCCUCCUUCGCUCCGGAAUCGGGUUUCAUGGCUUGCGUCCUUGCUGACAGUCCCCGUCCAGUGCAAUGGCAUGAACCCCUGCCAAACCUGUCAGAGGAGGAAAUUGAGCUGCCACUAUACGCCAAACAACACUUCCGAACAUGCUGCGGACUCUGUUGCGUCACCAACCAAGCGGCGCCACCUGGAUAAUUCCCCGCCCUCGAUACCCUCGGUCCUCAAGGCACCAGAAGAACUAUCUCCUCACUCCGGCGACGCAAUGCAAGCUUGGAGCCAGCCGCGGAAGAGCGAGCAGCAGCCGGGGGACGCGUCGAUGUCGGGGAUGAUGACAUCGCAACCACCGCUCUCGAUGCCCGCCCAGGAUCAUACCCGGCAAGGCUUCUUGCGAAAUCCCAAAAAGACACCGAGUCGUAACAAUAUGAAGGGGCUACCCGAGGAGACCAGCAUUUACACGGAAACUCGGAUGUUGCAGGAUCAGACUGGUCGCCUCCUGUACAUCGGAGAUGCCUCCACCCUGUCCAUUCUGCAGUUGACUCGCAUUAUCAUUGAGAACACCGCAGGGUCAGACAUUGGCUCACCGUUCAUCGAUGACCCUAAGAGGCAUCGUAUACUGGAGAGCAUCAUCGACUUCCCGGACGACGUGCGGAUUCCCAGCCCGUUGCCAGACAAAGAGACCGCCGACGUUCUCAUAGCGUCCUACUUCACGAAUACUUGCGGCCUGGUUGAAAUUUUGGAUAAGGCUUCUUUCCUAAGGUCAGUCGAGGAGUGUUACCGGGACCCUCCCUCCUCCGGGAAUGAUUUCCUCUGCAACUUAUACCUGGUGCUGGCUAUUGGCCUGCUCUUGGCAACGCCUCCCCCUGGGAGUCACGAGGAGAUGGUAGUGCAAAGACAGCUCGCAGCGCAGCCAAAUAGGGCAGAGCUCUUCUUUCGAAGUGCCAGGUCCAUGUGCGACCCUGCGGCCGGCUUCGAGGAUGCAGACUUCUGGUCUAUCCAGGCAUUGGCCUUGAUGACCAUUUACAUGCUCGUCAAUUCCAAGAGGAACAGGGCAUAUGCAUAUCUAGGCAUGGCAGUCCGUUCUGCUUUCGCCUUGGGCUUACAUCGGGAGGAGACAAUGAACGACUUCAUCUUCACGCCAGCUCAGAUGAGGGUUCGGAGGACUUUGUGGAAGACUCUGUUCAUCCUCGACCGCUUUCUGGCUGCCACACUGGGGAGGCCGACCGCCAUAUCCGAGGACGACUGCUCUUGCAAGAUCCUGCCGGACGACAAUGCCGCUGAUAUCCCGUCCAUGGUCGGAUCGGAAGCCGACCAGAUCCAUGCGAGAUGCCUCGAUGCCUGUGUCGAGAGCGCUCAUAUCAUUGGCGUGACGCUCAAGGUCUUCUCGCGGAGAAAGAUCUCCACCGCAAGGGUUCAGGAGAUAGUCGAUAUGUCCAAAAACUGGGAUCAAGCCUCCCACACACAACCUUACAGGCGCCAUUCCGGUGGGGGAUCGGCGGAUCCAGCCCAUCGAGUCGCCUCUCUUCACGUCGGGCUCUUUUCUUUGCACUCGCUCAUUCUUCUCACCAGGCAGUUGUUCGUAAUGCACAACUGGAUGCUUGUGGAGGAGCGGUCAGGCAUCAAGAAGUCCGCGCAAAUCCGGGAAUCGUCAAUGGCAAGGUUCUCUGAAGCAUGUGUCAUCGCUUCUUACCGGACAAUUCGGCUAGCUCGAAGCGCUUGGAGCGAUGGUUACCUUCCACGUCGGAACCCCUUUGUCAUAUACUUUGUAUUCGCUGCCAGCCUUGUUAUUCUCAUGAACCAGUUCUCUUCCCUGUAUUAUACGAGCGAGUACAACAAGACCAUGCGCGACGCCCUAGACAUCGUAGCGUACUGCGCCGAGAGCGACUCGCAAGCGCAGCGUGUCCUCGAUAUCAUUACGAGGUUCUCACAAGUAGUCGACAAGUGGACCGAGAACCACUCUCACUCUGCGCCGAAGCUCUCAGACGACUUCAGCUGCCUCUACAGCCAGCCUUCACACUCCGGAACCGCUUCCGGUCAUAUGCCUCCAGGGCCCGCUCUCGAUACGGGCUUCCACGUGCGAACCUCUCCUCAAACGGCCAGCGGACCGGACCCCGGCUUGCUGACCCCGCCAUCGAUACCCAAGGUGCCAAUAUUGGACGUGCUAUCCGCCCAAGCUCCCAGCGCCGCCCUUGAAGCUAGGGCCAGCGGCAUGUCGCCCCCACACGCUUCCAUCCCUCCCGCCACGCUUCUGCGCAACCGUCCGAGUGUGCUCGCCCACUCGUCGCUUGCGACCACGGAACUGCUCGGUGGAAACUUCGAGUUCGAUAUUGACGGUUUAUGGUACAGCUGUACCAAUUACCUUCCCCCGGUUCCUUCAGUCGCCCCGGGCAUCAGCAGCCUUGCCUUACAGUUUCCGCCACCAGUUAUUGGCGCGCCCACAGAGCCUUACGACAAGCCGGUAUUCUGAGUUCUUGCCACUAUCAAGGCACGGAGACGCUUUAAACACAUUCUGUUUCGGGGAAACUUGGCGGUUUCCCCCGAGCAACAGUCAACUUUGAACAGCUGGCUGC